UGUUCAUUAGCCUGCAGUUUACUGAAAACCACUUUUGGCUUUUUUAACUGUCGUCUGUCUGCUCAGCAUUUCAGCUCCUGUUGCCUGGUUAAAACACAGCGUCAUUCAUGUCAGGAAUCCGGCGUGAAACUCUCUGCCAAACCAAAUGUGCAAAUUGGUGAAAGCUGAUUUGCUGUGGUGACCCCUGCUGGGAUAAACUAAAAAGACCUCACAGGAAACCUCCAACUCCCUCGGCUCUCCAGCUCGCCUCCACUUCCCACACUUUUUUUUAACUCUCUCACGCGUUCCCGCCAGCUGCACCUCAUCUGGGAGGAUGGCUACGUCCAUGCUGGGAAUGAAUGGGCUCUGCAGAAAGGCUGGAGCUCUGCUGCUCCUCACUCUGCUCAGUGGAGUGAUGGGUCAAGAACCUACCACAGCCAGUGCUACAGGUACGGGCCCCACUGGAGGAGGAGACACUCAACAGCCUCAUCAAACCCCAGCAGCGCCAACGGAUUCAUCUACGACUGCGAGCCAGAACAACAGCACAGCCGUGACAGUUCUCAAUGGACCGACCUUCAAUAUUGAACCUGCGAUUGAGGACUCUGGAAAGGAUCCAACAGGUGUACAGGAAACUCCUCAUCCAACUCUAAAAGUUGUUGUGCCUAAUGUGAAUUGUGUCGCGAACAAGGAGGACCUGCAAACCAGCACCGUGGAGGCGGAAGUCGAAAUAAAAGACUGUGAGGAAACAAAGAAAAUAAUUGAGGAAAAUCCUGCAGGCUGGUGUCCUCAGGACAGCUGUCAACUAACACUUUACCAAGAUGGAACAACACUGAUGGUGUCCAGCAAUGACACUGAGCCGGGAAUUAUGCAGAAAGCACUUCAGAGCGAAAGCUUGAAGAAUAAUCUGGGUGUGAAGAAGACGGAGAUCCCGACCUCGUCCCGUUCUGUAUUCGUGGGACUCUUGGUCACUGGUUUGCUCGUCGCCAUUGCAGUAACCGUGGGCUACUUCAAAUGCCAACGCAGACCUGCCGCCAAAGGAGCCGGGCUGGCACAGGAGGCCAGUCCUGUGGAUCCGGAGAAUCAGGGAAACACCCUUGCGUCCGAGGCCCCUCUCAACCCGCCUCCAGAAACCCAGGAGAAGCCCAACAUAAACGGGGAGUCUCCAGAGGCAGAAAAGACCCAGAGUCCUCCUCCCACCAACGGCCACUCCAACGCCAAAACAGCAGACACAGAGCUGUGAUAGUCCCCCGGAGACGGCCGUCUGACUAUUUCAUCCAACAGAUCUCCCCCUACACACUCACACACUCAUCCCUGAACACGUUUUUAUAAGAAACCAAAUUGUUCCCAACCACAGGGGCAACAACAAAGUGAACACCAGAGACUCCGUCGUUCCAGCUCAUCUGACUCCUCCUGCAGCUGUGUGCGUCUGCAAGCAUCAGGAAAACCUGGCCUGAUGAUUGGCAGACGUGAGUGGCGCCGAUGAUGACGAAGGCUCAGCCCCUGAACUGUUGACCACAAUCAGGAUGGAGACCAGAGAGAAGAUAGACUGUUUGUCUGGCUGUUUUUUCUUUUUUUAAUUAAGACAGGAUCACUUUGUCACUGCAGCUGUUGGAUCCCACAGAACCUCUGCAUGCCGUCUGGUACAGAACUCCAUCCGGUCCCUCCCAAUACUAAUGAAACUGCUUCUUAGUUGUACACAAAGCUGUAAAAUAGGGCUAUGCUGCAUUUUAUUCUCAUUCCUACUGUGUGUACAGUAGAAAUGUGACUUCACCUGAGCUCCUCCCCCUCCUGCUUAUUGUACUGUACAUAUAAUACUUGAUAAAGAGGCGCCCCGAGAAGAGGAGGCCGAUCAUAAAGCUGACAACUCCAUCGGAUCGCUGUCAGCUCUUUAAUCCUGUUUUCAGUGUUAUUCUCAUGUCAGUAUUCUGUAUAUCACAUCCUUUCUUUUUUUGUGUGCCAUACCUCAUGUUGUAUUGAUGUUUUUGUCACCCUAACAGUAACAGAAGUUAAUGUACUUUCCCUCUCUACCUACAUACGUGCUGACAAAAGUCCCUCCUAACGGAAAAAAAAAAAGUUUUUUUUUUGCAUUGAUUUCUUUCUCAAUUUUGUAUUUUGUUGCUUUUGUUUAAACAUGAAUACUAAGUUUCUACAUGUAAUCUGUACUUUAACGUGUAUUUAACAAAAAAUAAAACAAAAAUGACAGAAAA